AUGGCAGAAACGGUAGUUGACAAGCUUAAAAGCACCCUGACUUCUGGGACAGAAGACGCUGCUGACAUCAAGGACCAUCCGGGAAAUGUCAUUGUUGUCUCGAACAGACUCCCAGUGACGAUCAAAAAAAACAACUCAACGGGUGAAUACGAGUAUUCUAUGUCUUCCGGAGGUCUUGUGACGGCUCUGCAAGGUUUGAAGAAAGCUACGACUUUCCAGUGGUACGGCUGGCCCGGUUUGGAGAUCCCAGAUGAGGAGAAAGAAACAGUGAAAAAAGAUUUGUUGGAGAAAUUCAAUGCGAUCCCGAUCUUUCUGAGCGACGAGAUCGCAGAACUGCACUACAACGGGUUCAGCAAUUCGAUUCUGUGGCCCCUGUUCCACUACCAUCCCGGUGAGAUCAAUUUCGAUGAAAACGCUUGGCUGGCAUAUAACGAAGCAAACAUGGCAUUUGCCAAGGAAAUUGAGAAAAAUGUGGCCGACAACGACAUUGUUUGGGUCCACGAUUACCAUCUGAUGCUUUUGCCCGAGUUGCUGAGAUCAGGUAUGAAGAGCAAGAAUUUGCAAAACGUGAAACUGGGAUGGUUCUUGCAUACACCAUUUCCUUCGUCAGAGAUCUACAGAAUUUUGCCCGUGAGACAGGAGAUUCUGAGAGGUGUGCUGAGCUGUGAUCUGGUAGGUUUCCACACUUACGAUUACGCCCGGCAUUUCCUCAGUUCCGUGCAAAGAGUGCUGGACGUGAAUACGUUGCCCAACGGUGUGGAAUACGAGGGCAGAUUCGUCAACGUGGGAGCAUUCCCCAUCGGAAUCGACGUGGACACUUUCACAGACGGCCUCAAAGAGGAAAGUGUGAUAGAGCGGAUCACUAAACUCAAACAGACGUUCAAAGACGUGAAAAUCAUCGUUGGUGUCGACAGAUUGGACUACAUCAAGGGCGUGCCCCAAAAAUUGCACGCUAUGGAGGUUUUCCUAAAUGAGCACCCGGAAUGGAUUGGGAAAGUCGUCCUGGUUCAAGUUGCCGUGCCCAGUCGUGGCGACGUGGAGGAAUACCAGUAUCUGAGGUCUGUGGUGAACGAACUUGUCGGAAGAAUCAACGGCCAAUUUGGUACCGUGGAGUUUGUCCCAAUCCACUUUAUGCACCGCAGCAUCCCGUUCCAGGAGCUGAUCUCGCUGUAUGCGGUGAGCGACGUGUGUCUGGUGUCGUCCACACGCGACGGUAUGAACCUGGUGUGCUACGAGUACAUUGCGUGUCAAGAAGAGAAGAAAGGUUCUUUGAUCCUAAGUGAGUUUACAGGUGCAGCGCAGUCCUUGAACGGUGCUCUUAUUGUCAAUCCCUGGAACACAGACGAGCUUGCCGAGUCCAUUCAGGAAUCGCUGACCCUUCCCGAAGAGAAGAAAGACGCCAACUGGGAAAAGCUCAACAAAUACAUCUCAAAGUACACCUCUGCGUUUUGGGGUGAGAAUUUUGUCAACGAGCUUUACAGGAUAAAGCCAGCUGGCAGCGAGAACACCACAGAAUCCCACUAA